AUGGAUACAACUUUGGACCCGCUAUCAUCCUCAUAUGUACUUUACGAUGAAGAUGAUGGAAACGAAACCUCCAUCAAUCUUUUUGAACAACCGGACUGGCAAGUGGCGCUGUGGGCGAUUGCGUACUCAUUAAUUGUUAUUGUUUCCAUCAUUGGUAAUGUCACAGUAAUCUGGAUCAUCCUGGCGCACAAACGAAUGAGGACAGUAACUAACUAUUUUAUUGUGAACCUCGCCUUCUCUGAUGCAUCAAUGGCCACAUUUAACACUGUCUUCAAUUUUGUGUAUGCUAUACAUAACGACUGGUACUUUGGUUUGGGAUACUGUAAAUUUCAAAACUUUUUCCCCAUAACAGCCGUGUUUUCAAGCAUAUAUUCCAUGGCAGCUAUUGCAAUUGACAGAUACAUGGCCAUUAUCCACCCUUUGAAAUCAAGGCUGUCCUCCACUACCACUAAAAUAGUGAUCAGUGUGAUCUGGGCAGUGGCUUUCAUCCUGGCCUUCCCUCAAUGUUUCUACUCCAGCACCAACGUCUACUCCCACCGCACGGUCUGCAUGGUGGAAUGGCCCGAUGACUACGGGGGAAAGCACCAGCUCUCGUAUCAGAUAGCCGUCAUUAUCCUGAUCUACAUGCUCCCCCUGCUGGUGAUGCUGGUGACAUACAGUCUGGUGGGCCAGCGUUUAUGGGGCAGCAAGAUCCCUGGUGAAGCGUCAGACCACUACCAGAACCAGAUCCAGGCAAAGCGCAAGGUGGUGAAGAUGAUGAUAGUUGUGGUGAUGACCUUUGCUGUAUGCUGGCUGCCCUACCAUAUCUACUUCAUACUGGGCAGCUUCAAGAAUGAUAUAUACAACCAGCAGUACAUCCAGCAGGUCUACUUGGCCAUCUUCUGGCUGGCUAUGAGUUCCAACAUGUACAACCCCAUUAUUUACUGCUGUCUGAACCAAAGGUAA